AUGACGGAGACAGAACCAGUUGAUAUUGAGAAGGAGCUAGAUGAACUUCUUACAGAAAUCCAGCCAAAUUUACAAGAUGUUAUCAAAAGAAGUUUCACAAACGUAGCUUUACAACAGACAAGAAAUGGGGAACAAAUUAAGCCUGAUAUAUUGGAAGAUACUUCAUACUUUGCUAAAAAUACUCAGGUAAACCUGACAAAGUUGGCUUUAGUUAGACCUCCAACAUUCCACAUGCAGAAUGUGUCUCUGGACCUUAAAUCCAUGGAACUCCAGUUGAAGUGUUCACUAGGUGAAGUUAAUAUAACAGGCUUGUACAGUGCAUAUAAUGAAAACCUAUACAACCUCAUACCUGUUAUGGCUGAAGGACAUUUACUUAUAACAUUAUCAAACAUGACUGCAGAUGUGAAUGUUGGACUAAUUGUUGAAGAUGACGCAUUCUCCUUUAUCAACCCCGGCAUUGAUUUUCUUCAUGAUGAAGUGUUGCUGAAGCUGUCAUGGAGAUCACCACAAAGAGAUGGAGGCUACGAGUAUACAACCACGGAACAGUUAGCUAAACAUAUUGAUGAUCUUCCUCUAACGGCUGCAUUGUCUCUUCCGCUUUUCGCGCUACUCCGUCAGAAGCUCGAACGACAUUUGAACCAAGUACUCCGACAAGCGACCAGCGUGUCUGACCUCAUGACUUGCAACCCUAGCAUGAUGGAGGCUUACAGUUCAAUGGUCGAUCAAUUGGCGCUGAACGGAAACAGAGUGGUGGAUCUUGUUUUGAUCAAUAUGAGACGAACGCUCUUACAGACUUGCGCCGAAGUUCUUGAACUACCCUCGCUACACGCAACGUUUAUGCACAAGAUAGGUUCAUCGUCUUUUAUCGGCAAGUUUGAUUCUGAUACUGGCUGGAUGAAGAAUUUAGCGACCAUCAACAGAAUCAAUGACGUCAGCAUAACAAGACCAGACCAGCUUAAAACGAGCUUCCAUGUCACACUGAGGAUUAAAGAUUUGCAGAUCGGCUAUGACGAGUACCGUGUGAGGGGCGCGGGGGGGAAUGUCGGAGUGGGGGGGAGGGUAGCGGCUGCUCUCACUAACAACAGGGUCCACCUCGCGAUCACAGUAGGACUCACGAGGUGGGAACCAUACGCACAGCUCGACGACCUACGGGUACACUGUAUGGAUGGUAUGGAUCUACAUAUCAGCGGUCUUGGUCCACUAAGUGUGCUUGCUGGUUCCGUACGUUCUUGGUUGCGAGGUGCGAUCAGUUCACACGCGGCACCGGCACUAGCGGCACAACUGCAGCACGAAUUACGAGCGGCACUCGCUGAACUACGCCUGUGGGAGGUGCUGCACGCUAAACACUAG